AUGGCUUCGAUCAUCUCUUCCAGCCAGACGAAAUAUUCAUCUGCGAGGUGCCCGCUGCCGCCAUUGAUCUUCCUGGACACGCCUGAUCAUGGAGGUUACGAAAUCAGCAAUAAUAUCUUCAUCGGAGACAGCAUCUUUAAUCCGGAUAUUUCUAAUGGACGAUAUGAUUCCCCAACUGGUGAUGGUUUUCUCUCUUUCCCACCGGAAGCGAAAUUCUUUACGGGUUAUGACUAUCCGCUGCCAUAUCUCGCGGUAGGCCAACAGGAGCGGAAAGAUGAGUAUGGUAAGAAUGAUUCGACACAUGAUGAUUGCUAA